CAACCCGAAGCGAACAAACCAAACCUCACACCACGCACCUGUCACGCCACCUCCCCUCCAAUCGCGGCCGUCCUUAUCGCAUCGCACGACCCCACUCCUCCCAUCCCCUGGCCGCGCGUCCCCGUCCGCCUCGAUCAGCUAACCCAGACAAAGGCCAGACCAAGUGAGCAACCAACCAUCAAUACCCACCUUCACUCCCCGUCCCGGAACUCCAUUCUGUAGUCUCGGUUCUCUCCUCUCACUCUCUCUACCUGCAAGGCCUGCCAUGUGGGCCUCGCCGGGGAGGCUGCCGGCGACGGAGGAGGACGCGGGGGAGCAGCGGGCGGGCGGGGGGCAGAUGGCGUCGUGCUGGGGCCGCUUCGGGGUCGCGGCGCUGUGGCAGAGGCUCCGGCAGCUCAGCCUGGCGCGGCGGAGGGCGCGGCACGGCUCCAUCGUCCUCGGCGCCGGCGGCGGGCUCAACUACGACCCGCUCAGCUACGCGCAGAACUUCGACGACAGCAGCCUCGGCCUCGAGCACCACGAGCCGGACUUCACCGCCAGGUUUGCGCCCGCCCGCAACGGCACGCGGGCGUGAUCGAGGACAUGCCUGACGAUCGACGCGCGUGAGGGCUUCUUGGCGCCUUUUUGGCAUGGCAUGGCAUCCGUGAUCCAUGCGCGUGGUGUGUGGAGAAUUCCUUUUGCCAGCCAGUAGAAGUGGCUUCGUUCGUCUCUUUCAGUGGUAAAACUGCCAUUACUCCACAGGGCUUUUUUUCUUUCCAGCUAAAUGUACAUACAUACAUGCAUGUCUUAGGGAUGAUGUAAGUAGUUUUCGAUUGGUCUGCGGUUCCUUUUUUAUCUGUCGAUCAGGUACAGUGUUCUGUUCCUAAAUACUUAUCGCUGUUUUAGUGCAAACAAGUAUUUAGGAACGGAGAGAAUAUAUUGCUAUCAUCGGACCAAGCAGAAAAUAACAGGAUGAGAAAAUGCUUGCUUGUUAGAACUUA